AAGUGACCUGUCCGACCGUAGCCCCGCGGCCCACCACGAGCCCGAAGCCCACCACGCCGGCCUCCACCACAGCUGCGACGCCCAGCCCCUCACCGUGCCUGCCCAUGCAGUUUCCCUGUGGAGGCGCAGACGACGCCUGCGUGCCCUCGCUCCUCCUCUGCGACGGAGUGACGGAUUGCCCCAACGCUGCUGACGAGAUGAACUGCCCAGUGACUAAGACCCCGUGUGACCCUGGCUUCGUCUACUGCGCCGACCAGUUCAUGUCGGACCGUCCGUGUAUGCGCCUGGACGAGCUGUGCGAUGGCAGUUACUUUUGCGACUCAUACCAUGCCGACGAGUCCUUGUGUGGAGAGUGUCCGAACUACUAUUGCCUGCACGGGACCUGCCACUUGCAUGAGUCCGGGGCACCGUUCUGUUCCUGCACCGAAGGCUACUCAGGCAACAGAUGCGAGGUCCUCAACAGCCCGAGCGGGUCUGGCGGCCUGAGCGCGGCCGCCGUCGCCGCCAUCGUGCUGGCCUGCCUCGUCGGGCUCCUCGUCGUCGCCGCCCUCGUCGCCUACACAUGGAAGAGGACCAGGCAAGGCAGAAUUACCUUCACCGAGUUGGAAAACGAGGAUUCAAACUGGCCCGACGACGCCUUCGUGUUGGAUGACAUGGAUGCGCCGAUCUAUCCGCUCACAUCCGUCGAGAACCAAAAUGCACGAACGGAGACAGAGCAGGAAGAGACAGAUGCAUGAAUGCAUCUGUCAGACCUG